AUGCAAGGUGGGGUUAGACGCAAGAAUGACCUCCUGCCCAGAUAUCGUGGCCAGAGUGGAUCUGGAGCCAAAAAAUCUUUGUUGACCACGCCCAUGAAAAAGACUCUCAUAUAUAUUCUCAUGUUGGUGGCACUGUACUUUGCUGCUCAGGUGAUUCUAUCGGAAAGGAAUGCUGAACCCAGGUAUGAGUUAGAGUCUGCGGACUCAGGGCUAGGUUUACCGGAAAAUGGGAAUGAAGCAGAUAGGUUUGAUUCUGGAUCACUGGAAGGCCAAGGAUCACAAGCAGACGCCAAAGGGAAGGCCAAGGUGCCGAAGGAGGGGUUUAAUAACGAAGUUGCCAGACAAGAAGAGGUAAAAAAUCUGGAGGAACACGAAAUGGAUUAUAAGAAGACGAAAUCACCAUCUGCCAAGGACAACAAGCAGGAGGUGGGCAACGACGUCAAGGCCAUGAAACAGGUGCCCGACACGGACGAAAGCGUCGAAGUUGACGAGCAGGCCAAGAAAAUCAACGAGAAGGCUCCCUACAAAAAGACAGACACUGACGAUACCAAGAAUCGUGGGAACAAAGUAGCCGCUGCCGCCGGAAAAGCCGCUCUUGCAGCAGCUGGACAACUUGAAGAGGGCGUUAUUUGA